GCAGCACCAUCGAGUUCAUCCGGCGCGGAACGGCCGAAUGCGGAAAGCGAGGAGGAUAUCAAGAGACUCCACAUUCUGCCCCUCAAGGAGGCGGAUGCUCAGCUCAAGGGCCGAAGUCGCAUGGAGUUCUUGGCCGAGUCACUCCGGCAGCUUCGCAAUGCGAAGGAGGUAGUUCGCUCGGGCGACUUGGUGAAAGUCCAAGAUGCAGAGUUCGUGGUCAUCAAGUGCGAUCCUCCAGAGGGCUGCUUGAGCAUGGAGACGGACUUCUUUGUGGAUGGAUCACCAGUGAUCAGCUUUCAGAAGAUCCAGUUCAGGUAUGUCAGGCCCUACUUCAAAGGUGAGUACGCGCCAUAUGGCCCUGGUGCCAAAAGAGUGCGGCUGCUCUACAUGGGCCAAGUGGUCCAGGUGGGCGAGGUUUGCCUGCAGGUAGAGGCCACAGAGCCAGCAGGUCUUGGGCUGGUCUCUACCGACACGGAGAUCUUCGCGAACUGGGACACGACCCCCGAAUUCGAGAAGGUGCACAUUCUUCCUUUUCUGGAUACGCUUCCACGUGCCUAUGAGUAUGAGCUCUUCAGCGAUUACCUGAAGCCGUUCCUGGUAGCAAAUCCACACAGGAAAUACCAGGCAAAUGACUUCUUCUCCUACCAGGGGGUACAGUUCAAGGUCGUGGCUUGUGAGCCAGAAGCAGUGGCCCGCAUCGGCAAGGGCACCACGAUCUUCUGCGAGGGACAUUUGAAUCCUUCGCUGCGGAACUUGCUGCCGCCGAAUCUCAUGACCCAGGUGGCGCAGCUGCCCCAGGGCCUGCAGAUGCUUCUGCUGAGCUCUGAGCGAACCACCCGGGAAGUCGAGGAGAUGCUGAAUCAGCGUCGGGGAUUGUUCCCUCAGACCAUCGAUGAGAUCCCAAGGUUCACUUGGCCACCGUCGGACAAUGCCACACAGCGUACAUGCAUGGUAUGCCUCGAGGACUUCGAGUUGUCUGUGCCUUGCCGCCGGCUUCCUUGCAACCACGUCUUCCAUCAGAGAUGUAUUGACGAAUGGCUGCGUCGCUGCACAGACUGCCCCAUUUGCAAGGCGCGUACUCCCACGACUCACGAGUCGCAAGAUGCGCGGCGCGGAGUGACAAAGAAGCGCCAGGCGAAUGCGGGGGUUCGUCCGAAAAAUGGCGCCUCAUGCGAAAGGAUACAGGCGCUUGGCGUGUGCCGCGAUGGGCAAUGCCAGGAGUCAGGACUGGUGAUCGGUCUGCGAGCUGGAAUCAAGGCAGUGAGCUUAGUGAGCUCGCUCGAUCGAUGUGUCCGGGUUGAAGAGAUGCCCAAGCAGAAGGUUGACAAAGUCACCGUGCGAGCACCGGUCUUCUUGCUUCGGCCUGUCCCAAAGGCACCCCGCGUGCGGCCCAUGCAGGCGACCUGCACCGCCCCUCCUUUGGAUUUGCCAGCAGCCUUCUUAGAUCAUCUGAACCACUGCGACACUGACCUUUUGGAGGCCAAGCGCUCGCCAUCGCCCUCGCUCCCAAGCACAGGACUUGAGGACAGUGAGGGAGAGGACAGAGAAGAUACUAUGUUUUGCCUUCAAGUCUCUGGCGACAGCACACCACAUUUGGAGGAAGAACUAGGAUUGGGAAAGCACCUGGACCACCCGCGUGGCCGCGGCCGCCGUUGUUACUCCGGGUGCAGCCAGGAGAGCGUCAACUCGGAGAAGCAUGGCCCAGUUUACAGCGAUGAGAAAGUUGUCACAGGUGCGAGCUCGGUGCUUUUAUCUGUCUUGAAUGAGAUGGCAAAGGAGUUGAAGGAGCGCGGUGGAUUGCCUUAUCGCCAGGCUACCGUUUGA